AAUGACGAAGCUAUCCUAUCGGGACAGAGAUAGUUCAUCUUUGAUGGCUUCGAAGGCGAUGAGCGUGGCAGCGGAGAAGUUUGGUACGGCGGCGCGACGCCAAGCCGUGAGCUUAACAGACGCCGCCGCUUCGCGAAUACGGCAGUUGCUACAGCAGCGUCAGAGGCCCUUUUUGAAGCUCGGAGUCAAGGCUCGCGGCUGUAACGGCCUUUCCUACACCCUCAAUUACGCAGAUGAAAAAGGGAAAUUCGAUGAGUUGGUUGAAGAUAAGGGUGUUAAGAUAUUGAUUGAUCCAAAGGCCCUUAUGCAUGUCAUUGGAACUAAAAUGGAUUUUGUAGAUGACAAAUUGAGAUCGGAAUUUAUUUUUGUCAAUCCAAAUUCUAAGGGUCAGUGUGGUUGUGGCGAAUCUUUCAUGACAACAGCCAGUAGUGGAGCUUCUAAACCAUGAAAUGAUUAAAAUUGCUCUUCAACUGGGUGCGGAUCCACAUUUAUGAAGUCGUACUUUCAUGAUUUAAUUGAUAAACAUACAACUAAUGAAUUUCUUUGAUUCUGCCUUCGAGAACAAGAGAAAUGAGAGCUUUUGGUUCUCAGACAGAAAGGAUACUGAGUCUUCUCAUGGUCUCAAUAUAUAGAGUUCUCUGAAGCUGAUGCUAUUAAGGCUUAUUUCAACACGUUGUAUUAUCAUUUGUUCUGCUGAUUCUUAUUCCUAAUGUAAAAUUCUUUGUAUCAUGAAAAUUGUAGUUUGUAUCAUUGAAAUAAUAUGCGUUGUUUACCAUAACGUUCAGAGCUAAAGAAAAUUUCAUCU